ACUUUCUUUCUCGGCUAAAACUUAAAAGAGCUUCUGUGUUAGGUUUUCUCGCGUAUUCAAAUCCAAAAUCAUCACAGAGACAAACAAAUAAACACACGCUCGCACGUACGCACGAAGUUCUUCUUUACCUAAUAUUAAGACUCGAUCAUCCUUCUUCAACAGAUUCUGUAAAAGCAAUUCAAUUAGGGUUUCAAAUUCUUGAAUUCUGUAACCAUUGAUGAUCUUCACAAUCACAGCUGUAAUUGAAAUUUAUAAUUCCUAACAUUUAUGAACUUGAAUUGUCAGAACAAGGAAAUGACAGGUCGUUCCUUGCCGCACGAUCGCAAUUCUGUUCAAUCUAAUGGUUCCAGUAACCCUCUGAAAAGUGGUGGAAAUGCAUUGUGUCUAUUAGUGAGGAGAGAGAUUUGUCCGAAAACGAAACAUGUACCAAAAAGACGGUGGGGAGAUGCUUCUCGAUGGAAAAGUAAUGGUGGUGAUAAUAAUAAUGCUAUUUCAUCAUCUGCACCAAAAUGCGAACCUGCUAGAGAUGCAAAACGCGGUCUUAUUUCAUGGGUUGAGGAAGAGUCAUUACGACAUUUAUCUGCUAAGUAUUGUCCAUUGGUGCCUCCACCACGGUCAACUAUUGCAGCUGCAUUUAGUCCUGAUGGAAGAACACUUGCUUCCACUCAUGGUGAUCAUACUGUGAAGAUAAUUGAUUGUCAAACAGGAAAUUGCUUAAAGGUUUUGAGUGGUCAUCGAAGGACUCCUUGGGUGGUUAGGUUCCACCCAUUGCAUCCUGAAAUUCUUGCAAGUGGGAGCUUGGAUUAUGAGGUUCGCUUAUGGGAUGCAAACACAUCAGAGUGUAUAGGAUCUCGUGAUUUCUAUCGUCCAAUUGCUUCGAUUGCUUUUCACGCUGAAGGGGAAUUGCUCGCAGUUGCAUCUGGUCACAAGUUGUAUGUUUGGCACUACAACAAGAGAGGCGAGGCUUCUUCUCCAGCCAUUGUAUUAAAGACGAGACGUUCUCUUAGAGCAGUGCAUUUUCACCCACAUGCUGCGCCAUUUCUCUUGACUGCUGAGGUCAAUGAUCUUGACUCUUCAGAUUCCUCUAUGACACGGGCGACAUCUCCGGGUUACUUAAGAUAUCCUCCUCCUGCUGUAUUUGUAGCAAAUGUUCAGUCCAGUGAUCGUGUUAGUUUGGCUGCUGAAGUGCCUCUCAUGUCCUUACCUUUCUUGUUCAUGCCGUCAUUCUCUGUAAAUGAUACUAGACCAGAUGCUAAUAGACAUGCCAGUUCAAGCAUAAUGCAUGGGGGAUCUUCUGGUUCAAGGCGGUUGCAAACAGAGGUAAAUGCAGGAGAAAAGUAUGAUAGGUUACUGUCUCCCAUGGAGACAUUCCCUGCAGUUGCAUCCAGUUCACAUCCUGGUACAGAAGGUUCGUUGAACAGCCUUCUCCCUACUGGAAGUGCAAGUGUUUCUGACACCAUAGUAGAUGCUAUGGAGACUGAUGAAAUGCAGCCUAUAAGGGGGAUCUUGCAAGGGAACUAUCGUGACCCAGAAACUUCUCGUGGUGGUAAUAGUGCCAUGGGUGGGAUGUCUGGAAAUAUGUCAGUUAGGCCGCGUUCUAUAGAGUUUGGACAACUUCAUCAAUUAUUACCUUCUAGAGACCCAACUUGGUGGGAGCUACACUUUUUGCAGGGAUGGUUGAUGGGUCAAAGUCAAGCUGGUGUUCCAUCAACACUUCCUCUUAAUGUUGGUAGUCAUGAAUAUCCAGCCCAGUAUACUGCUUCCUCCUCAACAUCUUAUCUGUCCAGUCACAAUAUGGAGGCUGCAAUGGCUACUUUGGCAAUGCCUGCCAGCACUAGCCUAUCUGGGGUUUCAGGGAGAUUUGAUUUGCAACACAAUGUUUCACGCUUCCACAUCUCUGGGGAGAGCAUGCCUCCCAUUAUUAGGCAACAUGAUAGUACUGAUACUCAGCCCUUAUUUAACAGAAUCCAAUCUGAAAUUGCCACAUCACUAGCUGCUGCUGCUGCUGCUGCAGAGUUACCUUGUACAGUAAAGCUUAGGGUGUGGCCACAUGAUAUAAAACAUCCCUGUGCCCCACUGAAUGCUGAAAAAUGCCGUCUAACCAUACCUCAUGCUGUCCUUUGUAGUGAAAUGGGUGCUCAUUUCUCACCUUGUGGAAGAUUUUUAGCUGCUUGUGUUGCUUGCAUGCUUCCUAAUAUGGAGGCUGACCCUGGAUUACAAACACUUGUUCAACAAGAUUCCGGAGCUGCAACUUCACCUACUCGACAUCCAAUCUCAGCCCACCAAGUUAUGUAUGAGCUUCGUAUAUAUUCACUGGAGGAGGCAACCUUUGGGUCGGUACUUGUAUCAAGAGCAAUCAGAGCUGCCCACUGCUUGACUUCAAUCCAGUUCUCGCCCACUUCUGAGCAUAUUUUGCUGGCUUAUGGUCGACGUCAUGGAUCCCUUCUCAAAAGCAUUAUCAUUGAUGGGGAAACAACAUCUCCUGUUUACACAGUUCUGGAGGUUUACAGAGUUUCGGACAUGGAACUUGUGAGAGUUCUUCCUAGUGCAGAGGAUGAGGUCAAUGUUGCUUGCUUUCAUCCUUUUGCUGGAGGUGGUCUUGUUUAUGGAACUAAGGAAGGCAAACUUAGGGUCCUCAAAUAUGAUGGUGCUCAUGGUGGGAAUUGCACUACACCAAAUUAUUGUCCAGAAGAUAAUUUGGCUGAGGUCCAGACAUAUGCCCAAGAAGGUUAAAAAACACUUGGUAUCCCACUUUGAAUGUGCAGUGCAAGCGAUGAAUUCUGCCUGGAAGAUUGUCUACAGUGUUGCUUUCGUGGAACGGGAGAAGGGUCUUGGUUAUGGAUAAACACGAAAAUUAACAUAUGACAUUUAACCUUGACACCGUUUCUGGUUUGAACCAGAUGCGACUAACUGUUGGGAUUUUCACUUACAAAAUUCCUUUUCCAGCAGAAAAAUCUUAGAAAUGUAUAAUUUAUGUGCUGAAAUGUAAAAUAUUGUCUCCCUGUAAUGCACUAAAUAUAAAUCUUCUUUCUUCCCCCAUUUUCAAUUCCACUUUCUCUCUUUUGUUUGAA